AUGACCCCAAGUUACCUCUAUUACUAUGUUGUGACGCAUCACCUUAUGGCAUUGGAGCGGUACUGGCACAUCGGAUGCCGUCUGGAAAGGAGAAGCCUGUGGCGGUCUGCCACAGGCUUCUCGAUUUUCACCGAUCACAAACCGUUACUGGGACUGUUCGGCCAUGAGAGCCGCAUACCACUUCAAAGUUCCCCAAGAGUGCUUUGGUGGGCUCUGACAUUGAGCGGCUACAACUACAGAUUAUGCAACAGGCCAGGAGCGAGAUUGGGAAAUGCAGACGCUUUGAGUCGACUGCCGCUUGCUAGGGCUCCACUGGAGGAUUCCAGAAUUCAGGAUGCGUUCAUGUUGGAAGGUGCAUACCCAGGUGUCCUCUCAGCAGCUGUAGUGGAGUCUGCAACCGAUCAGGACCCAGUGUUAGCUCCCUUGCGUAUGGCGUUGUGGUCGGGAGAACACUUGCCACCAGGGCAAGAGUGGCGGCCUUUUGCAAACCAAAUGGAGGAAUUCUCGGUGAUGGAGGGCUGUGUACUAAGAGGGAGCCGGGUGGUUGUUCCAGUAUCACUAAGGGCGGCAGUGUUGGACCUUUUGCAUGAGAGCCAUCCAGGAGUUGAGAAAAUGAAGUUAGUGGCCCGUAGUCACGUGUGGUGGCCAGGCAUUGAUGAGGACAUUGCUACGAAGGUGGGCAGGUGCAAGGUCUGCCAGGUGUAUCGGAAUGCUUCCAAGCCAAUACAGCAGGCGCCAUGGCCGUUCCCUGAGCGAGCGUGGUCUCGUUUACACGUCGAUUUUGGUGGGCCGUUUCAAGGUGUGUACUUCUUAGUACUCGUGGAUGCAUUCUACAAAUGGGUGGAAGUGGUCCGAGUGGCGUCACCGUCGGCGGAGUCGACAAUUGCAUGCCUCCGCAACAUCUUUGCUUGCCAUGGAUUACCAGACAAUCGUGAGCGACAGUGGACCUGCCUUCACUAG